AUGGCGGAGGAACUCCAAGGGAAAUGGAUCAAGGUUGGUAUCCAUAGUUUCACGGAAUUUCUCGACUUCAAUUCUGUUCCUAGCCCCUGCAACCUUCGUCGUUCUCCCUUGUCUCUGUAAUUCUCUUAUAUCAGCGUAUCCCUCCAUCCUCCGACAAUCGGUUUUCCUUCCUUCCGUCGCGCGGGUCUUCUUGGUUUCUCGCUCUGCGGUCGAUUUUCCGAUCUUCGCUGGUUUUAAUUCCAAUUUAAAUAAGAGAACUGUCGCGUAAUUGGGGACACUCGGAACGAUUUUAUCCGGAUCGAGUGGUCCUGAGAAAAAAUCAAAUCGGCGUAAAGGAAUAUGAUGGUGACCAAAAUUUCAUGUUGAUUGAAGCAAUCGCGAUAUGCUUAAUCUAAAGAAAUUAAAUAAGAAUUGUGAUUAUGGUUUGAAUGAAUCUUAUACAUAUUAAUAUGUAUGCAUCUGGCAUGCCUGUGUAAGCAAAUCUUUAGCGAUAAGUUGAAUCUGUAAGAAGUCCAGUGGAUGGAUAGUUUUUCAGAACAGUUGAGUGGGAGCGGGCAGCCAUGGCAUCUGUAGACGGUUGCUGGCCUCCACGAAUGGCCAUGCGACCGUCUGCGAAUGUGCUGUUCCCGCCGAACGUCCGCGCGCUCGGUUCGGCAGCUCGCCGUGGCGUACCGAGCCGAGCGCCGCCGGCGUUCGCUAAUGGCCGCCGCGUUCCAUCGCGAAAGGAGCUGAGCACGGUUGUGCGCUCGGCUCCGUUCGGGAAUUCGCCGGUGUUCGCUUGAUGUGGUUCGGCGGAGGAGGGCCACGCGGGGGAGAGGGAUGGAGAGAGGAGCGCUGAGGGUGAGAGAACUAAAGACGAAGAAGAGGAAGAUGGAUACGGAGAGAGUAAGGGGAGAAUGAGGGUGGAGAGAGAGAAGAGGGGGAGUUGGAGGGAAGGAGGGUGAGAGAGAGAGAGAGAGAGAGAAGAAAGGGAGGGAGAGAGGAAACGUAAGAGGAAGGGAAGAUGCAGGAGCAUGCCAAGGCGAGAGGGAGGUAAAUUAGAGAAAAAUCCAUUCGCUGAAUCGCCAUCGCCAUGAGCAUCCCAAAAACGUUGAUAGAUAAGAAGUUGCUGGUUCUUGAACUCCAUCUGGUCAUCAAAACAAUACCAUGGCGGUGAAGUUGAUCAGAUUAAACCUUCUUCUGUCUCAUUCAGUUGCUGCAACGAGGAUCCGGGCCUGGCGCAAGAAGCUCCCACGCCAUUACGGUGGUCGGCAGCAGGGCCUACGCCUUUGGCGGAGAAUUCACCCCCCGCGUCCCCGUGGACAACAAGAUCCAUGUCUUCGACCUGGAGACUCUCACCUGGUCCGUUCCAGAGGUCACCGGAGACAUCCCGCCGCCGAGGGUCGGCGUCACCAUGGCCACCGUCGGUAAGACCAUCUACGUCUUCGGUGGUCGUGACGCAGAGUACAAGGAGCUGAACGAGCUCUACUCGUUCGACACAACCACGGACAACUGGACCCUUCUGUCCUCCGGCGAGCUCGGCCCGCCCAGCCGGAGCUACCACUCGACGGCCGCGGACGGCCACCAUGUCUACAUCUUUGGCGGGUGCGGAGUCGCCGGGAGGCUCAAUGACCUCUGGGCUUACGAUGUUUUGGACGGGAAGUGGGUCAAGUUCCCGGAGCCAGGGAAGAGCUGCCGUCCCCGGGGAGGAACUGGGCUCGCCGUGGCCGGAGAGAAGAUCUGGAUAGUUUAUGGUUUCGCAGGUGAAGAGGUAGACGACGUCCACUGCUUCGACCCGGCCUCCGGGGAGUGGACGGAGGUGGAGACAACCGGGGACAAACCUUGCCCUCGGAGCGUCUUCUCCAUAGCCAGCAUUGGACAGCGCGUGAUCAUAUGCGGAGGCGAAGUUGAUCCGAGCGAUCUCGGCCAUCUCGGCGCCGGGAGCUUCGCCGGCGAUUCGUACGUGUUGGACACGGCGACGAAAGCAUGGAAGAAGCUGGCGGAGGUGGCGGAGCCCGGGGAGCACCCCGGGCCUCGCGGCUGGUGCGCGUUCUCCGUGGGUCGCCGGGACGGGGAGGAAGGGCUGCUUGUCUACGGUGGGAAUUCGCCCACCAAUGACCGGCUGGACGACAUCUUCUUCUUCACUCCUUCCUUUGGCAGGUGA